AAUCAAGAAGCCCAGAUUCUCAAAUGGCCGCAAAGAAUAUUUCAAGAACAUCACUCCGCCGUCGCCUUCCUCCUCCGUUCAACAGCCACUACUCCACCGCCACCUCCGCCGCCGAAGCCACGAAGACGGCGGUGUGGUACACUCCGCCGGCGCCUCGCUUCAAUCCAAUACUCCAAGAUCAAGACACUAUUCUCACAGCUCUUUCUCAAGCCAUCCAAAAUUCUCCAUCAAAAUCUCUGCAAGUCUCCCUCAAAAGUCUGCUUCCUUCUCUAAAGCCACAGCAUGUUAUAAACCUCAUCAGCCUGAACCCCUACUCUCUAUCAGCAUCCUCUCUGUUUUCUUUCUUCACAUGGCUUUCUUCUCCCGGCAACUCGACUUUCCGCCAUACCCUCCAUUCUUAUUGCACUAUGAUCCACUUUCUUUGCACCCACCAAAUGUUCUUGGAAGCCAAAAGUUUACUCGAAGUUGUAGUUUCGAGGAAAGGGAAAGAUUCGGCGUCUGAUGUUUUUGCCGUAAUUCUUGAGACCAAAGGUACCCAAAAAUCUGAUAUUUAUGUUUUCUCUGGGCUGAUGACUGCUUACUUGGAUUCAGGGUUUGUCCUUGAUGCUAUUCAAUGCUUUAGGUUGGCUAAAAAGCAGAAAUUUCGGGUUCCCUUUGAUACUUGUAGGAAGGUGCUCGAACAUUUGAUGAAGUUGAGGUCUUUCAAGUUGGUUUGGGGAUUCUAUAAGGAGAUUUUGGAAUGUGGGUAUCCUGCAAGUUUGUAUUUUUUCAACAUUUUGAUGCACAGGUUUUGCAAAGGAGAAGAAAUGAGGCUAGCCAGGUCGGUUUUUGAUGGGAUUAGAAGAUGGGGUUUGAGGCCUAGUGAUGUCAGUUUCAAUACAUUGAUUAAUGGUUAUGUCAGGCUGGGUGAUUUGGAUGAAGGAUUCAGGCUGAAGAAUGCUAUGCAAGCAAGUGGAAUUCAGCCUGAUGUUUACACGUAUAGUGUUCUAAUCAAUGGGAUGUGUAGGGAGAGAAGAAUGGAUGAUGCAGAUGAAUUGUUGAAUGAGAUGCUUGACAAUGGGUUGGUUCCGAAUUAUGUUACUUACACUACGUUGAUUGAUGGGCACUGCAAGAAUGGGAGGGUUGAUCUGGCUAUGGAACUUUACCAACAAAUGUUGAACCAAGGGUUAGUGCCUGAUCUCAUCACGUACAAUACGCUUAUUAAUGGGCUUUGCAAGAAGGGAGAUUUGAAGGAAGCACGAUAUCGUGUUGAUGAGAUGAGUGCAAAGGGAUUGAAGCCUGACAAAAUCACAUAUACUACCCUUAUUGAUGGCAGUUGUAAGGAGGGAGAUUUGGAGAAUGCAUUUAAGCUUAAGGAAAGCAUGAUUAAGGAUAAUAUUGCGCUUGAUGACGUGGCUUACACGGCCCUUAUUUCUGGUUUGUGUCAGGAAGGGCGAGGAGUUGAUGCAGAGAGAAUGUUGAGGGAAAUGUUGAGUGUGGGUCUGAAGCCUGAUGAUGGAACGUAUACAAUGAUCAUAAAUGACUUCUGUAAGAAAGGAGAUCUUAAGACGGCUUCCAAGUUGCUGAGAGAGAUGCAAAGAGAUGGACAUGUACCAUCUGUUGUCACAUACAAUGUGCUUAUGAAUGGCUAUUGCAAGCAAGGGCAGAUGAAAAAUGCAAAUAUGCUCCUAAAUGCCAUGCUAAAUAUAGGGGUUGUUCCUGAUGAUGUCACGUAUAACAUCCUAUUGGAAUGGUACUGUAAAAAUGGAAACCAUGAAGAUGUUUCUAACCUGCGUAGUGCAAAAGGGCUUAUUCUUGACUAUGCUUCAUACACGUUGUUUGUCGGCAGCUUAAGGAAAGCCCCGAAAUUCCAUUCAAAAAGAUAAUGUAAUCAGGAAAAAAACUGUAUCGAAGCUUUUUCCUACUACUUGGAUCCUCCCUAAAGAAAGCAGGUUCAAUGCUAAAACUGGAUUCACUGAAGUUAUGCAACAUUUGUUGCCUGAUACGAGUAACAUAUUUGCUGCCGUCCAGGGAGUUUAGUGUACAGGAGGAAUAAAAGGUCAAUAUUAGAGCAGCACUCAUUAUGUUAACUUCUGAUAUGCUUGAGAAUGUAGAGCUAUUUGGCAAAUCAUGCUUGUUAACAUGCUAUUGUUAGAACUUGCAACAGGAUCAUAGGUACUUUGGCACUCGAGAUUUUGUGGUGCAUUUUGUUGUAUAUACUGUGAUUCUUGCCCCUUUUGCCCAGAACAAUAGAUGGUUGCUCCUUUCCAACUGA